CCAUCGGGCAUUCGGUGACUUGAAGUCAUCCGGUAAAUUAUGAUGCUUUUAUGAUGUGCCUUUGUAUUUCGUAAACACGGUGAGGUGUGUUAAUGUUCUGUUGCGCGUGUUUAAACAGACUGUGAUACGAAAGUGUGUCCGAUGUUAAAACAUGUACCGUUUAUUAUAUACAUAUUACAAUUAAAGAUAACACACGAUAUCUAGCCGAAAGUAUGCUCGAUGCACUGCGAUGCAAUUACAACAUUAACGUUAAGUGCGCUUAUAUUUUUUCUCAUAAUAACAACAAAACGUUAAUCGCGUCAGUUCCAGCUACACGUGUUCAUCGAACAUGUCUAUGAAGAAAGAAUCACCUUGGGACGUAGAAUUACAUUUGGCAGCGGCACGUGGCGAUGCGAAGCGUCUUCGAGUUCUCCUCGAUUCUGGUCGCGUCCAUGUCGAUUGCAAAGAUAAGGAUGGAACGACUCCUUUAAUAUUGGCCGCCGCCGGAGGCCACAUCGAAGCGGUCACCGAAUUGCUGCAACAAGGGGCGGAUCCUAAUGCCAGACGGCUGACUGGUACCACGGCGUUGUUCUUCGCCGCUCAAGGUGGCUACAUGGACAUCGCCAGCCUUCUGUUGGAGCACGGUUCCAUCGUCGACUCUUGCAGCAUAGACGGCGGUACCCCACUUUUUGUCGCGUGCCAGUGCGGUCACCUAGAUGUUGUUGAGGGACUGAUUGAAAGAGGCGCCAAUCCGAACGCUUACAUGAAGGAUGGGGCCACGGCAUUAUUCAUUGCCGCUCAAAAUGGCCACUUGCGUAUCCUAGAGGUUCUUCUGGAGCAUGGGGCAAAAACGGACGCGGCAAGAACCGAUGGUGCCACGCCUUUAUGGAUAGGAGCGCAAAUGGGACACGAUCACGUUGUGAGGAGGCUUUUGAAAGCUGGUGCGAAGGUCGAUGCCACCAGACACGAUGGCGCGACCCCGCUAUUCAAGGCGGCUCACAAGGGCCAUACCGCUGUUGUAGGCGAGCUACUCAAGUACCGUCCAUCUCUUGGUAUUCUUCCAAAUGGUGAAAGUGCACUGCAUGCAGCUGCAUUAACAGGACAAAUGACUGUUACAAGACAGCUGGUAGGUGCAGGAGCGGAUCCUUUACUCGUGAACCAAGAAGGUAUCACGCCGCUUCAAUUAGCUAUUAGGCACUCACAGACACAGGUGGCCAACUAUCUGAAGGAUAAAGUUAGAACGCGAACGGGAACGUCUUAGCAAAAUACGCGUUUAUCACUUACGUGCUAAAAUAGAAAUUAAGGUGAAAGAACGAAGAGGGAAGAAUAUACAGACCAGUGAAAGAGAUCAGUAUUUCUAAAGAAAAUGUAAUAUAUAUACAUAUAAUGUAUAUAUAUACUUUAGACAUAGUUUGUAUACAAAAUGAUCAAGUGAUUACAUCUUCAUCGUAUUUCGCGUAGCGUUAAAUAAGAUUCAAAAAUAAGCGAGAUGUUGAUUUAUGCUACAAUCAUAAGACUGUGGUUUAAAACUCCAUCAUUUUCUUAAAAUUGUUUGUUCAGUGUGUAUAUAUAUUUGGAUAAAUAUAAAACACAUCCUAUAGUAUUUAAAAAUAGGUAAAAUAUAUUUUAAUGUAUUCUCUUGUUGUAAAUAUUUUACAACGUUGAAAGUUCUAAAAAAACACUCAUCGAUGUAGACGGCAUACAUCCCACAAAGUUAGCUUUGCGCUAAAACUAUAUAUCUUGUUAAUACUGAACUUGUGGUUACAUAAACAUAAUAUAUAUAUAUAUAUAUAUAUGUACCUUUAAAUAAUACAAUCAUUUUGUUCUAAUUGAGGGUUCUAUAAGACUGAUUGAUUUGCCUUGAAAAAGAGAGUAAAAUUUAAUGAUUCUUUAGUACUAUGUCUAUUUCUUCUUGUUGAUUUAUUUAUAUAUUAUAUUAGUGUUAACGCGGUGCGCACAGAAAAAGGGAGAGAAAAUAUAUUUCAUGUUCUUAAACUAUUCUCUAUGGUGAUAUUAAGAUAUUUUAUUUAGAUGUAUUAUGUUAUUUAGAUGUAAUGAAAUAUAUUUAUAAUUGCUUGUUUGAUGUUACUUUAUAAUAUAAUAAAUACAUUUACUGUUUUCCCAAA